CGUCAAGUCUGGGGGAAGCCAAGCCUGUGCAUGCUUCGCCGAGUCGCGUCAAGGCCAGCUCUGGGGCGAACCCGUUCUGCAGCCGAUCCCCCGCUCGAAGAGGGGCGCGGGGCACCGAGCCCGGGCACACGGCGGGCCUCGGCCGGGGGCCGGCGCCGGCGGUCCGCGGGCGUCGCCCCGCAGGGGCCACGCGCUGCUGGUGCCGCCCGCGGCGCCCGCACCAAUGAAGUCCAGCGCGGCGCAAGCGGUCGUCCUCUGCCUGUGCGAGGCGAUGCUGGCGGGCGCCUCGCGCUGGAUGCUGCGCAGCGGUUCCCGCGCUGGCAGCAGGACGGCGCUCCGCCACGAAUCGCUGCUGUUCGCGAAGGUCAAGAUGGCCUCCGGCUCUGGCAGCCACGCCGCUGAGGAGGCGCGCGUGGUGCACAAGACGGCGUACUGGGGCCAGAUGUCGCUGGGGACCCCGCCGCAGCCUUUCAAGGUGAUCUUCGACACGGGGAGCGGCAACCUCAUCGUGCCCUCCAACACGUGCAAGGACCCCGGCUGUGCGCCCCACAGGAAGUACGACCCGCACGCGACCAGCACCGGCGCCUCCAUCACCAACGAGAAGAACGAGGGCUCGUCCGAGAUCACGUUCGGAACUGGGCAGAUCGCGGGCGACUUCUACAAGGACAGGCUGUGCAUCGGCGAAGCCCUCUGUUUCGACUCGAACUUCAUCGCAGCCGACCAAAUGUCCGCGGAGCCGUUCCAGGAGAUCCCCUUCGACGGCAUCAUGGGCCUCGGCUUCAAAGACCUGUCUAUGGGCGCCGGCUUCAACAUUGUGGACGACCUGGAGGCAAAGGGCGGCGUCGGAGGCGUCUUCUCCUUCUUCGUCUCCGACGGGGACGACAGCGAGGUGACCUUUGGAGGCUACCGCCCCGAGCGCCUUGCCUCGGACAUCAUCUGGGCACCAGUGAAGGUGGAGUCCUGGUGGCAGGUCGAGAUCGACGACAUCACGUUUAACGACCUGCCCCAGAACCUGUGCCACGGCGCGUGCCAGGUCGCCGUCGACACGGGGACCUCCAUGCUCGCGGGGCCCUCCGACUUGGUGGAGAAGCUGAACCAGAUGGUCGGGGCGAAGGAGGAUUGCUCGAACUUCAACGAGCUCCCAAACCUCGGCUUCCAGAUCGGGGACGCGGUGCUGAACCUGAGGCCGGACGACUACAUGGACAGGUCCCCAAGCGGUUGUGCCUUGUCGCUGGACACCAUCCUUCUUUUCCGCGUGCUCGUCCCACAUCCUCCGCUGCUCCUCUUCCCUUCCCUCUCCUCUUCUUCUUCACGUUCGGUCUCCUC